AUGAGUUCUAGAGAUAGGAUCAGCAGUUUGCCGGAUGAGAUUCUUGGCAAAAUCCUGUCUCUACUUCCGACAAAGCUAGUUGCUUCAACAUCGGUUAUGUCCAAGAGAUGGAGGAAUCUUCUGGGACUUGUAGACGUACUUAGCUUCGACGAGUCAAUGGUUGUUUAUCCCAACGAAAAAGAAUUAAAAAGUGGCUCAAAGCGCUUCUUAGAUUUUGUAGUCAAUACUCUGUUCAGAAAUAACUCUCCCACCAACAACAACAAAAUCAAGAAAUUUUCUCUGUCUCAUCGAGGCAGAGUCUCCCACCGUAAUGAUUACUCUCGUGUCUACAGUUGGAUCUGGACUACAAUGGAACAAGGAGGUUUGUUGGAACUACACUUGGAAUGCACCAGAGAUCUAGUUUAUAUAGAGAGAAAGUUACUAACGAGCAACACACUUGUGAAGCUCACGUUAUCCGGUAAUUACCGUCUCGGUAUGGAAGAGAAAGUGGAUGUGUUUCUCUCUGCGCUCAAGUCACUCUCUGUCUUAUCGGUUGUAUGGCUUGAUUUCGACGACUAUGUUAAGCUCGUGAAUGGCUGCCCUGUGCUUGAAGAGCUAUUCGUAGCCGAUGAUGAUGAUGGUGGUAAUGAUCCGUGUCCGCCGUGUUGCGCAGCGUCUGUGGAGAGUGAAACAAUCAAGCGACUUGUGGUUUCUAUCAAUCUUCCGUAUGAUGUUGAUUCUUCUAAAGAGUAUUAUGAUCAAACCUAUUUGAAAGAUCCGAGUCUUGUGUACCUUGACUAUUCUAGUGUUGUCUUUGAGGAUUAUAGGGUUUUUGAUUUGGAUUCGCUUGUGGAAGUCAAGCUGAAUCUCAAGUUAUGGGAGCCAAAUAACGAUUGUGAUUGUUGUUGUGAUCAUGUACAAAGGGAGGUGUUUGGUGAUGUAACGAAACUACUUAAGGGUAUAAGCAACAUUACGACGCUUCACUUGUCUCCUGAUUCUCUUGAGGUGUUUCAUUUCUGUUGUAAAUCCAUGCCGGUGUUCAACAAUAUCCUUAACUUGUCUAUUGAGAGUAACAAGAAGAAAGGUUGGCAAGUAAUGCCGCGUUUGCUCAGUCAUUGUCCAAAUCUAACCACUUUAGCCAUCAAGUGUCUUUUGCAUAAAGUAACAGAUAAGUGUGGAGAUGCAUGCGCUUGCAUCCAUAAGAAGAAGCGAGAGAAGAAGAAUAAGAAGAAGAUUGUGAAAGAGGAGGUAGUGAUAGUAUCUUGUUUACGGACAUGUCAAGUGAAGGUGUUGGAGGUUUCAAGUUACGGAGGUUCUUUCCAAGAGCUAAAACAGAUGAGACAUUUCUUAGAGCAUCUUCAAUAG